AUGGCGUCUGCUCCGAAGCAAAACCCUUCGAAACCACCAAGGCAUCCAUCUCCCAACACUGCUUCAAUUCCAAUUAAAUCCGGUGUAUUGGAAGAAUCCCAAUUUCGAAACCCUAAUAAUCCCACCACAAGCGUCUCGAAUUCGCCGAUUUCGAUGGCUGUGGAGGAUCAGAUCCUUGGGCGUUCCAUUCACUUAACACGACCGGAGCUUCUCCGACGCCGAUCGCAUAACCUGAAACAGCUCGCUAAAUGCUAUAGAGACCAUUACUGGGCUUUAAUGGAAGAUCUCAAGGCGCAACACAGAGAGUAUUACUGGAAGCAUGGUGUUAGUCCUUUCAGAGAAGAUAAGCCUCAGCAAAACAAGAGACGUAAAGUUGGGAUUGAAGGUGAGAUUAUAGAUGAAAUUGGCGUUGAAGGUAGUGGAGACAAUGAUAACAACAAUGGUGUUAAUAACUGUGUGGCUUGUGGUAAUGGUUGCAAAUCCAAGGCAAUGGCACUAUCGAAUUACUGUCAGCUUCAUAUUCUCUCGGAUAAAAAACAGAAGCUUUACACUUCUUGUACUUAUGUCAAUAAAAGAACUCAGUCUAAAGCAAUAACUUGUCCAAAGCCAACACUUGCAUCGACUGUUCCUGCCUUGUGUAAUGUGCACUUUCAGAAAGCGCAAAAGGAUGUUGCUCGGGCUUUGAAAGAUGCUGGUCAUAAUGUUUCUUCAACAAACAAGCUUCCCCCAAAACUACAUGACAUAGUAGCUGCAUUUGUGUAUCAUAUUCAAGCGAAAAGAAAGGGUUUACGGAAAGAGGGGAAAUUGAAAAGCAUAGUAAAAGAAGAAAAUACAAGCUAA